UGAACGAAGCGGCAACAGACUGAUGAAGCCUCCGCCGCUUGCAUGAAUCUGUCGGAAUACACAGACUGGUGUAAGUUAUGUCUACGCUAUACUCUUAGCACUCUCGUAGACCUCUUGGCUCCGUUACGUGUACAUACAUAUGUGGUAAUUGCCAGUACGUGGGAUGAGGUUUGAGAAGUGCUCGACAGUGAAGCCCUCUCAACAUCAUGUCAAGCUCCACGCAAUGGCACGCCGCCAACGGCGCAAGUCUACCAGACAAUACGUCUAAACCAUUCGUCGUCACUGCGCCGCCGAAGACUGAUAUCUGGCGACCCAAUCCGGCCGAAGACGUCUUCACAGCUCCAAACAUCUACACCACGAUCCAACCUUUCACUUUCCAGAAACUCUCUGUCACCGUUUCUGCCGUCUGGCAAACUCGCUACGACCAAGGCGGCUUCCUCCUCGCCUUCCCUCGCUCAGAUGGACCCUGGCGCUGGAUCAAAGCCGGCAUCGAGUUCGAGAAGGGUGCCCCUUGCCUCGGCGUAGUCGGUACUGACCGCUUCUCGGACUGGAGUCUGAACCCUAUGCAGCCUGGUAAGGUUCAGGCCACAUUUGAGGCAGUAAGGGAAGGAACAACGUUGUGGGUGUAUGCUACUGUAGGUGAUGCUCAUCCUGUAAGGCAGCCGCUAAGGGAAAUCAAAUGGGCGUUUCUUGACAGCGAGGAAGGCAAGGGGGAGCUGAGGGUGGGCGUUUAUGCUGCGAAGCCUACGCCUGAGGAAGGCGAUGCUGAGAAGGGACUUGACGUGAGCUUUAGCAAUCUGGCUGUUGAGACUACCUCCUAAGCACGCUACUGCUGGGCUAUACUAAUAGGAGUGGGGAGAUAAAAUCUUCUAUACGGGCAGUGUCAAAUGUUCCUACCUUGUCAAGCUCGCCUUCCCAAUCUGCCUUGCUGACACGCCGCACACUUCGUCCACGGGUCUUCCGUGCGCAUUCGUGGCGGCAUCAAACCAUCAACAGAUAUACAUUGUAUCUCACUCGCUAGGACACCAGCAGCUCAUCUGCAUCUUCCACCUGCAUCGCUACCCACAGGUUGUCUGCUCUUGACGACUCUCUCAUGCCUCUCGCCAUAUUCCUCCUAAUUAUUAUCCCGUCUGCCGUCCUGCUUCUCG